AUGCCGCUUGAUCUAAAUUACGAUGAAAUUUGCGCCAAAUUUGACCGGCUUCUCUCCAAUGGUAUCGUCAAUUACCAGCCCAGCAAGCCAAUUCUUGUGGUAGAUGGCGGCAUGACCUUUUCUUUUCACCUGGUUGAAUCUCUCAGAACAAAGCCCCAGGCCGAGGACGUCCCUGAAACCAAAUCAUGCUUGACAAAUGGGGCCAAUACACAGCCCAUGUCUUUCGGUCCAGGCAGCGACAUAGCAAAUGACCACCCUGAUCUUUGCAUUACCACAGUCAACGGGACUCAUUAUCUCGUCAUCAACAGAUUUCCCGUCAUUCGCCCCAUGCUGUUAUUGCUGACUGUGGACUCCUAUCGUCGGCAGUACGAGCCUCUUGAUCUUGAAGACAUAGAAGCUGCGUGGAAUACCAUCUGUGGAUUAAAGGAAGAACAUUAUGCUUUCUUCAAUUGUACAGUUAUAGCUGGAUCAAGUAGGGAGCAUAAACAUUUACAAAUUAUUCCAGCGCCGGGGAAGCGAGAAGGGUACGUUGAAGGAUUCAAGUUAUUUCCAGACGAUGAUACGGCACCAAAGAUGGGACCUUCUUUUGUACAUUUUCUACAAAGAUUUGAGGACCCGCCCGAGGCCUGCGUGAAGAAUGGCGAACACAUGCUGGAGAUAUAUCAGCGUCCAUUGCAACAAGCGAGAGAGGCACUAGAGUUACCGACAGGACACGUCCCUUGUCCCCAUAACUUCGUCUUCACGAGGAGGUGGAUGGUGGUUAUCCCUCGACGGGCUAAGGAAAUCAACGGCAUCGCGGCAAAUACGGCCGGAAUGAUGGGAUCAGUUUAUAUCUGGAGUCAUGACCAACUGGAUGCAUGGAAAGAAACUGGACCAAUGAAGGUCCUGGCAGGAUUAGGGCUAUCAAGGGAGGAGUAA